AUGGCUUCGCCGUCUCGGCCGGCGGACCGUAGUAGCUUCCACAUUGCAAUAGUGUGCGCCCUGGAACUCGAAGCCAACGCCGCCGACCUGCUUUUCGAUGAUACAUACGACGAGCGACAAUACGGACGGGCCGCGGGUGAUGUCAACACAUACACCACAGGCCGUGUCGGCAAGCAUGCCGUCGUUCUCCUCCUGCUUCCAAGCAUGGGCCCACUCGCUGCGGCCUCAGGCUCGGCAAACUUGCGAUCGAGUUAUCCCAAUAUCAAGCUCGCAUUGCUCGUCGGUGUCUGCGGAGGCCUGCCCCAGAUCGACGGCCAUGAAGCCUUCCUAGGCGACGUCGUUGUCAGCACCAGCAUCUUUAAUUACGACUUCGGCAGACAACACCCUGACGGGUUCGUCCCAAAGACAACCAUCGAAGACUGCUUGGGCCGAGCAAACAAAGACAUCCGCGGGUUGCUGGCCUCCUUGGGAAGGGAACGUGAUUUAAGGCUCUUGCAAAAAGCGGCAAGGAUCAAUCUCAGCAAACUGCAAGCCACUGCCGAAAAAGAAAGCCGGCGGGCCAACUACACCGCGCCUCCGGACGCUAACGACAGGAUCUUCUUGUCGGACUACCAACACAAGCACCGCCGGGAUUGCAGAUAUUGUGAUGCCGGUGAUUUCUGCGACGCAGUUUCCCGCCUAUCCUGCACCGAUAUCGGUUGCAAUGAGCAGCCGUCCAGCAGGGACCGAGCGAGCAUACGACCUGUUUCGCUUGGGCCCCAGGUCUUCAUGGGCAAAGUUGCAUCCGGAAACGCGGUUAUAAGGUCAGGCGAGUAUCGCGACGCCAUCGCCCGCCGGUAUGGUGCGAUCGCCUUCGAGAUGGAAGGGGCUGGCGCGUGGGACGAGGUGCCUUGCAUCGUUGUUAAGGGCAUCUGUGACUACGCGGACAGUCAUAAAAGCAAAUUGUGGCAGAACUUUGCGGCGGCAUCGGCGGCCUCCGUGGCUGUAGCGAUCCUGGACCGGUACGAGCUGACUGACAGCGCCACUGCUGGGACGAAAGCGCCCAUCCCCCCUAUACUACCCUGCCGCUACAUCCCACUUUACCGGAAUAAGCAUUUCGUCGGACGGGCCGACAAGCUAGCCACGCUCCAAGAGAAGCUUUUCAUACAAAAGGAGUGUCAAAACGCGGCGAUUGUCGGGCUGGGCGGCGUCGGCAAAACCCAGCUGGCCCUGCAGCUUGCAUAUUGGGCGAAGCAGCACCGGCCCGAGUAUUCUAUCUUCUGGGUGCCUGUGUUGAGUGGGGCGACUUUUGAACUGGCAUACAACGGGAUAGCAAGGAAGCUCCAUCUCCAGGACGUCGCCACGGACGAGGACCCCAAGGACUCCGUCCGGCGGUACCUGAGCUCGGAGGCGGCUGGGCCAUGGCUCCUUAUCGUGGAUAACGCCGACGAUGCAGAUCUUCUUUUCGGCUCCCUGGACAUGCCAAGCGGUUUGGCUGAUUACCUCCCGGAGAGCGAAAACGGCUUAGUCCUGUUCACCACACGGUCUAGAGAAGUUGCCGUGUCGGUCGCCCGGAGCGACGUGAUCGAGCUGUUCGAAAUGGACCCGCAAGAGGCGGCCGAUUACCUGGAAAAGCUGCUGAUCAGGAAAGACUUGCUCCGCGACGAAGGAGAGUCGACGAAGCUGCUGAAGGAGCUCACAUACCUUCCCCUGGCGAUCACGCAGGCGGCGGCAUAUCUAAACACGAUUCAAGUGUCGAUCGCGGAGUACUUAAAGCUGCUGCGGGGGACGGAUCAAGACGCGGCCAGCUUGAUGAGCCGCGAGUUCCACGACAAGACUCGACACAAAGGCUCGCGGAACGCCGUGGCAACUACGUGGCUCGUGUCCUUCGACCAGAUCCGCAAAUCUGACCGCAACGCGGCCGACCUUCUGUCUUUCCUAUCUUGCAUCGAGCCUAAAGCAAUUCCGCAAUCGAUACUGCCUCGACUCGAAGUAGAAGAGCAGACGGUGCAUGCGAUUGGCACGCUGUGUGGAUAUGCCUUCCUGACCAGACGGGGGGACAGCCAGGUAUUCGGCAUGCACAGUUUGGUACAUUUGGCCACGCGAAUCUGGAUCCAGAGACAGAACCCUUGUGGAGGGAGUACCUUCCGCAUGUCUUUAAGGCCUCCAGAGGGGGGAUACGGGGGUGAAGCGCAGGAACACUAUCUGCAGCCCGUCGAAGCGCUGGCGCCUCGCCCACCACACGGCGGGCGUCCAGUCGGCGCCGUCCUGGAGAGCGCGGGGGGUCGCCAAGGGAGCACCGAAACUCACCUUGGCUCGAAUCUGCUAAAGACGAAGCCGAGCGCCCUCGUCACGGGGCCGCGUGCCCGCGGCAACGCUGAUGACGGCGCGGCGCGGCUGGCGGGGAAUCGCCAGGGAAACGCUUACCCGACGGGUUUUCUUCGACCCGGUUAUGCCGUGCGCACGGCGGCACGCGAGGUCGUACGCCGCCCGGGUGGCGAGUACCCGGGUGGCAUCGCAAAAGGCGCCAGCGAAACCACCGUCAUCCGCCGCGGGGGCGGGCGGCAAACCUAA